AUCUAUUAUAUGGACGCCAUUAACACUACUUCUUUAACAGGAUUAACAUCCAUAGAUAAGGUGCCUCAAAAAUACUACCAUUAUGAGUAUUAAUUCUUCUAAAUAAAAUAAGUUAUUGUUCUCUUGUCUUUUUAACUCAACCACAGUUGAACACGACUUAAUGCACCUCUAGAAACUAUAACUAAAAACUCAUUGAAAAGCUUCCCUCGUAAUGUGUCAUUAAUACACUUGUUGCAUGUAAAGGUACUAGACACACCCGACAUUGGCAGUCAUGAGCUCAAAGACGAUGCGACGGCGAGGAAAGAAGUCAGAAAAUGGCAGGAGAUGUGUCCUGAUCCUCACCUCAUCCUUCUGACCAUCCGCUGUGUACCACUCGAUCUUGGCGCUGAUGUGUUUCGGUUCCGAAGGUUCAAACGUCUCUGCGGGACAGAAUUUACUCGCAGACGUCUGGUAAUGCUCUUAACAUGUGAAGACAAGCUGAAAGAGAGUGUAGAAGAUUUCAAAAAGCGAACACACUCAGGUUUGGAAGAAAUUUGGAGAGAAGCCGAUACACGACAUGUGUUUAUUGGUGCCAGGGAACAAGAAACACUCCUUCACCAGGUCUUCCAGAUUUGUGACGAGCUGAAAAACUCAAAAGGGGAUUGUAUGGAGUGCGAAGAGGAGUCUGGAUCCUGUGACGGAUUCUUGGACUGCGCACUUGAAGCUAACAAGCAAGAAGAGACUUUCAUGCAAAAUGGCCAUACGAAGAAUGUACUUAAGCGCGAACUGAAAGUGUUAAUAAUUGGCAAGACUGGAAAUGGAAAAAGCAGUGUAGGUAACUCCAUCUUGAACACAGACACCUUUCCCGUUACACGAGGUUUGGUAUCAUCUGCACAAACGGACCUGGAAAGGACAGCUCAGAAAUUUGGUGUGACCAUCAAAGUAACUGAUACACCUGACGUUAGCAAUCUGCGUAUAGACAAAGAGGAAGCUAAUAAAAGAAUUAGCAAGUGGAAGUCAUGUGACCCUGAUGUCAUUUUGCUGGCCAUUCGGUGUGACCUGCGCUACACCGCGGAGGAAUACCAAAUCUACGAGCAGAUAAAGAAAGUAUUAGGAGAAGAAUAUGUCAAGCAGAGGCUAACAGUGGCCUUCACCUUUGGUGAUCGACAAGAUAUGGACAUAGAAGAGGAACUAAAAACAAUCUGCAAAGAGCUGAAGGCGGUUCUGGCAGAUGCUGAAGGACGCUACAUCGUGUUCAGCAGUCAGGAUAAAGAUGAGGACAAAAAGCGGCAGCUUAUUCAUCUCAUGAACCUUGUGCCCAACUUCAAGUUUCCUAGUGACUUGAAGAGAAUCCUUCUCCUUGGAUCCACAGCAAGCGGGAAAAUCUCAGGAGGCAAUGCACUUGUACGAAGAAAUGUGUUCAAAGCAGGCACAACAAUGCCAAAGAAAACCAACUACAUAACUGAAGUCGAUGGAAUGUGGUUACAGGUCAUCAAUACACCGGAAUUACUCCCCACCCGUGGCUUUAAAAAGCAGAUGAGCUCGCUGCUGGAGGCUUCGGAGCCUGGUCCACAUGCCAUUGUGGUUUUUGUCAGGGAAUCACAGGUGGCGUCUGAAGAUUUCUCCUUUUUUGAGGGACUUGAAGUGUAUUUCGGAGAGCGCCUUGAGCAUCACUUGAUAGUUGUUACUGUUACAGACGAGAGGAGCAGCGCAGGAGAUGACAGUCUGAGUAAACUUGACAAAAUAAAAUGCAGGGAAAAACUCUGCUUCGUAGACACCCAGACAUCAAAUGACAAGACCGAAAUAUUGACGACUAACAUUAAAAAUCUUCUUCAGGCCACAGAGGGAGACUUCUUACCAAUAAAGCGCAUUCCUUGUGACCAUCAUGACACAGAUACUCCUACUUCUCAUAAGAAAGUCAAAUACUGAUUUUCUGAAAUUAUUAACAUUUGAAUAUUUGACUCUUAUUAAAUAAAAAGAAUAGAAAGAUGCUGAUUUUUCCUAAACAAGUGAACUAAAAUUGUUGCAUGAGAAAUGACAUUUAACAUAAAGCUAAUCAGAUGUGCAUAUUUUUCUCAAGUGUCAAAGGAAUUUUGUAUUUCAUGGCACAAUAAGUAUUUCUGUUAAGGUUAAGUAUAUGCAUUCUGUACAUUAAAUUUGUACAUACGAGACCUACCACAGCUCAUUACACUUAAUAAUAUAUCACAAAGAUUUAUUAUGUUAAUUUGGAUAAUGAUUUUUGUGUGACUAAGAAACUUGUAAAUUUUAGGAUAAUUGUGAUUACUUUUUGUGCUACACUUCAAAUAUUUGUAUGUACAUAGGGCGAGUCAAAUAAAGAUAUUUAUGAACCAGAAAA